AUGGCCCGAAGCUCCUUUGCCGCCUACCUGAAGCCUUCAACAUGGGCGCUGGAGCCCGAACCAUCGACGUUUGCGCCUAACAGCAGGUGGUCAAACAAGGAUAUGGACCCGGUGCCGAUUCGUUCCCGAACGUGGUCCACAGUCAAUUACGUCGCAUACUGGAUUUCUGAUGCGACUAACGCUGCUGUGUGGGAGCUCGCGUCGAGUAUGUUGGCAACUGGGCUGUCUUGGCGCCAGGCACUUCCUGCGAUUGCUGUGGGCCAUUGCAUCAUCUCAGUCGUGAUGGUUCUGAACGGGACGAUCGGCGCUCGGCUUCAUGUUGCCUUCCCUGUCCUCAACCGGUCUUCCUUCGGCUUCUGGUUCAGCUACUUCAGCGUGAUCAGUCGUGUAUUGUUAUCACUGUUCUGGUUUGGUAUCCAAACAUAUACUGGAUCAGAAUGUGUCUACCAAGUACUGUACUCUCCGCCAUUGAAGAAAGAUCCCAUGACCUACCUUGUUGCAGAUGCUGAAAGCUAUCUGGCCCUCGCUUGCACGCCUCCCGAACCAUUUGCCCGAGAAGUCAAACAUCACAACGUCAGGGAUUAUGUGUUAUUUCAUCGGAUCCGCUGGCUGUUCAUGGCGAAGGCCAUAAUUGUACCGGUGGCAUGGCUCGCCAUGUUGAUUUGGGCUUUCGUCAAAGUGCCUGUCAACUCCAGCGGAGGUCUUUUUAAUCAACACUCAACGCUUUCUGGUAGCGAUAUGUCAUGGGCAUGGCUCAGCGCGUUGAACAGUGCAUUGGGAAUCUACUCAACCCUGGCGGUCAAUAUCCCGGAUUUCACUAGAUAUGCGAAGAACGAACGAGCUCAGUACGUUCAGCUUGCCAUCAUCCCAGUAGCAUUCACACUCUGUGGUUUCAUUGGAAUGGCUGUCACGAGCGCUGGCAUAGUCCUGUACGGUCAGACGCUCUGGGAUCCACUCAAGCUCAUCAACCAAUGGGACAACCGCGCGGCCGCGUUUUUUGCAUCGUUCGCGUUUGUCCUCGCCACACUUGGAACGAACAUCGCCGCCAACUCCUUGUCAGCCGCGAAUGACAUGACAGUCCUAUUUCCACGGUAUAUAAACAUCCGCAGGGGCCAAAUGCUGUGCGCGUUGCUGGGUGGCUGGGCGUUAUGCCCGUGGGAGAUCCUUGCGAGCGCGGAAGGGUUCCUGUCGUUCAUCAACGGCUACACCGUCUUCCUAGGCCCAUUUGCCGGUAUCAUGGUCACCGACUACUGGCUUCUUCACAAAGGCAGAGUCGAUGUCCCUUCCAUGUACCGACCGCACGGACGCUACCGGUAUAUGUACGGAUUCAAUUGGAGAGCAGUACUCGCGAUCUUAUGCUCUGUACCUCCGCUCUUCCCUGGAUGGAUUAACUCGAUCAACACCGACAUCAAUCCUGGGCGCGUCGCGCGCCUCUUCAACUUCGCAUGGAUAUAUGGGUUCACUGUCGCUUCGACAGUCUACUUUGUCACCUCGUCUCUGUUUCCUGCACGGGAAACAUACAUACCAGAAGCUAUUCUCCCAGACGAUGCUGAGGAUGCCAGUCAGACGUCGGAUGCGGAGGACGACAAGAAGAGCAUACAAGCGGAGGUCAAGGAGAUCUUGGCAUGA